AUUUUCAUUUUUGGCUGAACUAACCCUUUAAGAUGAAAGAAGAAAAGGUCCUAAAAUACUUCGUUUUCAUUAAACAGUUUUACUUGGCAAAAUAUGACCUAAACAUCAAGAACCAAGCAUACAAGAGCAUACAAGUAAAAGUGUGUCAUUAUUUAUUCUCUGAAUUCAAAAAUGAUUUCUACUCUGUAGAAUAAACUCUUUGAAACGUCAUUGUUGUCCAACCACAAAUACGUUUUGUCUUCCUCUAGCGGCAGAGUCACGCAAUCACCUCUUUCUUUGUACAAGGUUAAUAAUUUAACUUGUUGCUCGGUACCAUUUCUACCCCAAGGCAACCGUGUGUCAAGACGCGUGGUUAAGGUAUGCCCAGCAGCUGUUCUCUUCUGUCAUGGGUGAUAUUAGACAGCGCAAUGGCUCUGUGAGUAAUAAUGACACAGAUUUAUCUGUUGUCCCUUAUACAGCGGACGACAUCAGAGUGCUUUGUCAUAAAGUUGACGAUGGGGUCGUUGGGGAAGAAAUUGAGAUGCAAACUCGUUCAGAAGUGCCAGAUGCGGAUGCUGACGCAGAGGACUGCCGACGGGUCAACGGCGACGCUUUUUACCGGGUUUGUGUGCCGGUUUGCUGCAAGAGAAACGACACUGUCCGCGAUGAUGAGGAGGAGGAGGAUGAUGGUGAGGAGGACACGGGGGCAAAAACAGUUGAAAAAGAAAAGAAACCAGCUUGUCCGGGGCUGGGCCUCAUGUACAGCUUGUUAGCAUCUGUCUUCUUCUCCGCUGCGGCUCUUCUUGUGAAGAAAAUCGAGGGGAUGCACGCCAUCCAAAUCAGUGCAGUUCGGUGCUUCUUCCAGAUGCUGUUUGUCAUGCCGGCCAUGAUAUAUUACAAAACUGGCUUUUUGGGACCAAGAGGUAUGCGAAUCUACCUGUUCCUCAGAGGGUUCCUGGGGUCCAACGCCAUGAUCUUGUUGUAUUAUGCAGUUCUGCAGAUGCCCCUAGCCGACGCCACGGUUAUAAUGUUCAGUAAUCCAGUUUUCACAUCCUUGCUGGCUUGGAUUUUCCUCAAAGAGAGGUGCACAAUAUGGGACGUCGUUUUUACCGUGUUUACGCUUACCGGUGUCAUACUGAUAGCCAGACCUCCAUUCCUCUUUGGUGGUGAGUUGUCUGGGAUCGAAGGAGACUACACCAAUCACAUCAAAGGCACGGUGGCUGCCUUCGCAGGGGCAGUCGGAGCUGCUUGCACUAUGGUCAUUCUGAGAAAAAUAGGUAAAAGUGUUCAUUACUACCUCUCCGUCUGGUACUAUGCAGUCAUUGGACUCAUCGAGUGCAUCAUUGUUUUGUUCAUCUUGGAUGAAUGGACCAUUCCGUCCUGCGGCUGGGACAGAUGGACUCUCAUGGCCAUCGGGUUGCUCGGUAUAGCCGGGCAGGCGUUCCUCACCAAAGCACUGCAGAUUGAGAAAGCAGGACCUGUUGCACUGAUGAGGACGAUGGAUGUGGUUCUGGCCUUCAUCCUGCAGUUCCUGUUCCUCAACCGCAAACCCACAUGGUGGAGUCUGGGAGGGGCGCUGUGUGUGAUCUGCAGCACUAGUGGGGUGGCCAUAAGGAAGUGGCAUAACAGCACAAAACACAAGAGCUGAUCUCACUUUCUAGUGACAUGAGAAGAGAUUUUUAAUGUUUCCUACAAAUAACUGCUGCAUUAGAUACCAAAGAAGCUGUUUUACUGUAAUAAUAUACAUCGAAAGUCUGAAUUUUUUUCUUAGGACCUUACUGUAUGCAGUAUGUACAGUAUACUACAGUAUUUUCAGUAGUUUUGUAGUUUCUUAAAGUAGAUAUUCUUACCUCAGCUGAGGGCUGUUAGUCAAGAUGCUACAGGUAUUUUUUAAUCAAGAUAAUAUUGUUGAGACAAUACUGCUUUAUCAUAUAGAGGUUAUGGUAAACUACAUAAUAAUAGACUGCUGGUCAGAGCUUGGUGAGUGUAAAAAUCACCAAAAAUGUAAUUUCAAUCAUCCUUUACUCACUCUCAUGCCAUUGCAAACCUGCAUGAUUUUUCUUUUCCAUGGAACUUAAAAGGAGAUGUUUUGUCAAAGUUGAUCUUUUCCAUACAAGUUAUGUGUUCAUUUAAUUAGUUUAAUGAUUUGACUAUUCAGCCGAUACCGAUUAUUGGCCGAUAUAUCGGUGCAUCUCUAGUAUAUACUGUAAGAAUAAUGAUUCAUUUAGUUUUUCAAUGCUAUAUAUACAGUAGUCAACAUUUGAAGUGGAUCAAAAAAGUUAAUCAAAGUUGUCCUAAGAAGAAGGUUUUAGGACAACUUUGAUGAAAGGUUUUGAUCAACUUCAAAUGUUGACUACUAUAGAUGCAGGUAGUGGUCAGUGAAGUGUCCUUAACCAUUUAUAAGAUAUAAGCUGUCAAUCCUAAAUGACUGGAAUGAAAAAAAAAAUGGAAAAACACCAUAAAAUGAGUACACAUGGUAUACGUACUGUAUUCCAAGCCACACUGUAAAUUUGUUUGAGGACAGUACUAAAAUUUAAGUUAUUUGCUGAAUUUACCCAGUUUGUCAUCAUCCACAUGAUGUGAAUGAUGUCAAACGUCAGUGGUUGUUGUGCCCCUUUCACUUUUAUUGUAUGUAAAAGAGCAGCGUGAACAUUCUGCCCAAUAUCUCAAUUUUUCUUCCAUGGAAGUAAGUUCGGAAAAACAUGAGGAUGAGUAAAUGAUGACAGGAUUUUAUUUUUGGAGCGAAAUAUGCCUUUAAAAUCCUUUGCACUUUGUCACUGACAAUGUACUGUAACUGGCAUUACUUUUAAGAGGAAGACACAGGGUGAACAGUUUGUCUGAAUAUUUAUUUUUGAAAAAUCUGAAUUAUAUGUGCUUAAAGCUGAAUAUGCAAUCAGUGAUAGAUGUGUUCUGAACCGUGAUGUACCACUGAUUUAAACUCUGUCCUUGUGUACCUUAGAUAUACACACAGAUCUACUGCACAAAUAUUAGCCUGAUAUAAAAUGAGUCACUCAUAUUUAUAUAUCGGACAUGUGUUUUGGCACAAAGAUGAGUUAGUUGUGAGUUGUAACAAGAGGCCGUGACUAUCAGUAAUGGCUGUUCUUCUGUAGUUCAGUCACUCUGAAAUGGGGCUCUUCAGUUAACUGAACUGCAUCUCAUUUUUUUCCCCUUUUAUAUUUAUUUCAAUUUGACUGUUUUAUUAAAAACCGUUUGUGUAAACUGACCUGAAAGCACUUUACACUGACUUGUGUCAGUUUAUCUUUAUUAAAGGCACUAUUAAAGGGUUAGCUCACCCAAAAAUGAAAUUUCUGUCAUUAAUUACUCACCCUCAUGUCAUCCCAAACCUGUAAGUCCUUUGUUCAUCUUCAGAACACAAAUUAAGAUAUUUUUGAUGAAAUCCAAGGGUUUAUGAACCACACAUUUGAGGUCCAGAAAGGUAAUGAUGUCUUUACUACCUUUCUGGGUCUUGACAGUGAUAAUUAAAUUGCUGUCUAUGGAGUCAGACAGCUCUCGGAUUUCAUCAAAAAUAUCUUAAUUUGUGUUCCGAAGAUAAACGAAGUUCUUACAGGUUUGGGACAACAUGAGGGUGAGUAAUUAAUGACAGAAAUUUCAUUUUUGGGUGAACUAACCCUUUAAUGGUUUACUGAUACUGCACCAGCGAUUAAAGACAUGCUGCCUUAAAUUUAUUCUUUUUUUUUUUAUCUGAUGACAUAUCCGUUAAAUAUCCGUUUAUGUAAGAGCAGAUCCCUCCAUAUUAUUUAUUGAAUAAGGUUGUUGAUUUGAAUACUGCCUGCUGUAGAUUUCAACUUGCAUAUUUAUACGACUUUUGAACUUAGCCGUUUAAAUAAACGAAAGAUUCUUA